AUGAAGGACAAACUCUCCUUCAGGUAGCUGCCUGAGCGACUGAACGGCCUCGUCGAACUCUCGGUGCGGGUAGACAAUCGGCAUCGUGAGAGGGCGCAUGAGAGAGGGAUGACGCAAGACGCGCCUCCGCAUCCCCCUGUCAACCCAGAGGCUUUCCGCCGAUUGAGGGAGGAGAUGCCUCAGGAAGAGACUAUGCAGUUGGGGGGCAGAGGCGUCUGCGCCAGUGACGUUGCCUGUACUGCAGCCAGGCAGGUCACCGCUGUGACUCAUGCCCGGAGAAGCCGGGAAAGGGGCGGGCUCGCUAGUAUAGGGAGGGGUGCUAGCGAGCCGGAACCGAAACCCCAACUCCAGAGACUCCCGGACUUUUCUCCCCGUCAUGGUUCUGGGGCUGCUGGAAACCUGUUGGACGCAGGGCUGGCCCAAGGGUGGAGCGUUCCGUUACUCUCCCUCUCCAAGCCGGCUCCAGACAUAGCCUGGAUGGCCGGCUGUUGGGGUCGGGCUUCAUCACCCGGAGCACUAUCCCUGUGCGUGUCCGGGUGGCGUGGUGGCUAUGGGAGGAUAUCCAGUUUUUCAUUGUGGACUCUUCAGAGUGUCCCUUUAUCCUCGGGCACUCCUGGCUGGUUGCCACAAACCCCGGAUUGACUGGUCCACGGGGCGGCUCAUCCUGGAGGGAGGCUCCGCCCCCAUCCUGUUCCGAUCUCCACCGACCACACAUUAGCCCAAACCACCAUCCCAGACCACCUACCAGUCCUCACCUCUUCCCCAGGUCCCGCACUCCGAACCGCUUACAGCCCUAGCGCCGGUUUCCACCGGGAGGACGGCGGCUACAGACUCCGUCACCGGCCCAGACCUGGCAGACGUUCCCCGGGAGUAUUGGGAUCUGGGGGAGGUGUUUAGUAAGAGGCGUGCCAUGGGCCUACCUCCGCUAUCAAUCUCCUACCGGGCACCAUGCCCACACGAGGGCGAUUGUUUUCCUUGUCCCAGUCGGAGACGCUGGCCAUGAGGGAGUAUAUUGACGAGGCUCUCGUCGAGGGUCACAUCCAUCCCUCUACCUCACCCGUGGGCGUGGGCUUCUUCUUCGUGGGGAAAAAGGACGGUGGGCAGCGGACGUGCAUUGAUUACCAGGCACUCAAAGACAUCACUGUUAAGAACCGCUAUCCACUCCCCCUGAUGACGAUGGCAUUCGAGUCAUUGCAGGGAGCCUGGGCCUUCCCCAAGCUGGGCUUAACAAUGCCUACAACCUGGUGAGGAUUCGGGAGGGGGACGAGUGGAAGACGGCUUUAAACACACCCAGUGGGCAUUACGAGUACCAAGUCAUGCCGUUCGGUCUAGCCAACGCGCCUGCGGUGUUCCAGGCAUUGGUCAAUGACGUGCCCUGGGACCUUCUCGACUACAGCGUCUUUGUGUAUUUGAAUGAAAUCCUAAUAUUCUCAAAGGACAUGAGUGACCACCAGCAGCACAUUCGGCAGGUACUCCAACGCCUUCUCCGUCACCAGCUCUACGUCAUUGACGGAGAAUUGCGUGUUCCACACAGAGACAGUUUCCUUCCUGGGGUUCAUCGUCACCCAGGGGGACCUAUGGAUGGACCCAGCCAAGGUCAGCGCGGUACUGGAUUGGCCUAAGAUCUCAUCCCUCAAGCAACUACAGCGGUUUUUAGGGUUCGCUAAUUUUUAUAGCCGAUUUAUUCGCAAUUUUAGCUCCCUAGCAGCUCCCCUGACACCCCUCCCGCAGAUGAGCGUGCGCUACUUUGCCUGGACCCCAGAAGCGGGGAAUGCAUUUGAUGCGCUUAAGCAGAACUUUACAUUGGCAUGGUCCUAGGGCAUCCUGAUCCGUCCCUGCCGUUCAUUGUGGAAGUGGAUGCUUCAGACUUUACAGUGGGAGCAAUCCUGUCCCAGCAGUUCCUCACGGACGGUAAGACUCACCCCUGUGCGUUUUUCUCCUGCCGGAUUUCCCUGGCGGAGCAGAAUUACGACAUGGGGAACCGUGAGUUGCUAGCGGUCAAGCUCGCCCUGGGGGUGUGUAGGCAUUGACUAGAGGGGACCGCACAUCCAUUUGUCGUAUGGACGGACCAUAAGAAUUUAGCCUACAUUCAGGGGGCCAAGAGGCUCAUUUCGCGCCAGGCCAGAUGGGCGUUGUUCCGGUUCACCAUCUCAUACCGUCCGGGUUCAAAGAACACCAAGCCUGACGCGCUCUCCCAGCAGUUCGACCCCGUGGAGCUGGUGGAGAGGGACGACCCCAUUGUCCCCAAUGCCCUGAUUGCUGCACCAGUUUCUUGGGGAAUCGAUAAGCUGGUCAGAGCAGCGCAACGGCGGGAGCCCGAUCCGGGCGGAUGACCAUCGGGGAGGAUGUACAUACCCAAGGCUGCACGCUCGCGAUUGCUUCAGUGGGCGCACGCAUCCGACCUCACCAGCCAUCCGGGGAGCGCCAGGACAUUGGAGUUCCUGCGUAGGAGGUUCUGGGGGCCAUCUGCUGAGGGGGAUAUGCCCGCCUUCAUGGCUGCUUGCCCAGUGUGCGCACGCAUGAAGAGCUCAUGUCAGCUGCGCCGAACCCUGCCUAUCCCCAAUCGUCCCUGGUCCCACAUCUAUCUGGAUUUCAUUUACGCCCUACCCCCCUCUGAUGGAUACACAGUGAUCCUGGUCAUUGUGGACCGGUUUUCGAAGGCUGCCCACUUCAUUCCCCUUCCCAAUAUCCUAUCGGCCCGGGAGACGGCUAAGUUGGUGGUACAGCACAUUUUCCCAAGAUGUGGUGUCGGGUCAGGGCCCUCAGUUCGCCUCCAUGUUCUGGAAGGCGUUCGCCACCUACCUUGGCGCCUCCAUCGGCUUGUCUUCCAGCUUCCAUCCCGAGUCGAACGGGCGUCAACCAGGAUCUGGAGGGGGUACUGAGGUGCUACGGCUCCAGCAACCCAGCUACGUGGAGUCAGCGACUGGCGUGGGCGGAGUACGCCCACAACACCCUUCUCUGCUCAUCCACCGGCCUGUCCCCCUUCCAGUGCCAAUACGGGUACCAACCCCCCCUAUUCCCAGAGCAAGAGGAGGAGGAGCCGGCGGUCCCGGUGGUCCAGGCCCACAUCAGUCGCUGUCGCCGCACCUGGAGGCAGGUACGGGCGGUGCUUAAGCGGGCCUCAGUCAGGUCUCAACAUCAGGCCAACCGCAGGCAUCGCCCGGCCCCGGUUUUUCGCCCGGGACAGAGGGUGGAAUCCAGGAAGCUGUCCCACGGCCAUUCAGAGGCGAGUCAACCCAGUGGCCUACCGCCUGCAACAUUCCAUGUGUCCCUCCUCUAGCCCAUCGCCACCUGUCCCCUGGCUCCCCCUCCUCGUCCUGUUCCCCCGCUGCGCCUCGUCGGAGGACAGCCGGCUUUUGCUGUGGACCGGAUCCUGGACUGCCGGAGGGUGGGGAGGGGUCUCCAAUUUCUGGUGGAAUGGGAGGGUUAUUGGCCGGAGGAGCGGUCCUGGGUGCCCAGGAGGGACAUUCUGGACCCAGGGCUGAUAACAACAUUCCGUGGUCUCUCUUUUCCCCCAUAAUUUUAUGUAACCACCGUAUUACCAUGCCCUUCAUGUUCAUGAACAAAAAUGUUAAAAGGUCAAUGCUCUCACUUGACAGAAUUGCUUUUUCAAAACUAUACUAACAAUUACUCACAAUAUUAACUCCACUCUAUUUUCUCGUGACCCCUCAUCCCUUUCGUCAAUUCUAUGAAUCUAUUUCAGAAUUCUAACUUGUUACCUUUUAGAAUCCAUUCCCCUGGUAUUUUGCAAAGAUUCUUCCAACCCCAAAAUUGGUUCCACACCCGUUGCCAUGUAACAAUAUCCGGGUAUUGUUACUGGUCCUAUGGUCAGAGACAUGGGUAGUAGUCGUAUCGCUUUCGAUUCUGCCCCUGUUACCUUGCUGAAUGUAAUAAUUUUCCCUAUUGCAAAUUUAGCCUAAUUCUCAUCGUAAGGAAUCAGUGAUAUUUGAGCGCCGGUAUCUAUUAGAAAGUUGUGUGAGACGUGGCCUCCUAAAUCUCCCUACACAUAGAAACCGUAAUCUCUAUGAUCCACCAUUGAUCGAACUGAGGCCAUAUACCGCUUUGUGAAAGUUUCCUUUCCCUCUGCUUUCAAGAGUGUUUGCUGCUGUUCUUUUGUCAAACAUUCCCUCCGAAUGCAGCGGGUGCAGUAGGCUCCAGUACUACCCUACACUCAUUCUUCCAAUGACCAACAGACCCACAUCAAAAACAGGGAUCUGUUGCCCUACACUUUGAUGUUUUUUCGCUACUUUUCCCUCCCUUUUUCUUUGUCUUACCUUGGCCAUUGAAACCACUGUUAGUGACUCUCACUGUGGCUAAAUUAACCACACACACAGCUGUGAAGUAAUCGGAAUUAGAUUCCACUCUCAAAGCCUCCUGCUAAUACACUCAAAUCAUAUCAACAACAUUUGAAUAUCUUUUUUAUUUUCUAACCAUGAAUGAGGCUCCUCCAGAACUUAUAGGCAACCUUUUAUACUAGUACACAAGCGUGACAAUUUACCCAUCCACACACACUCUACUGCCUCAUGUCCACUGCGGCUGGGACUUUCGUCCCUCUUACAGAUCUCGCAGGGGAAUACCCCCACUAGGGACCUAUCCUACACGGAACCUACCUGUGACGAGGUGUGAAUGAAGGAGUCAGGCGCAGGAGGUAAAAUACCGAAGUCCAGAGUUUAUUCCGUUUACAUAAAUCAAACGCCCCAAGCGUCAAACGAAACUAUUACAAGGUAAAACAUCCACCUUGCAUAAACACAGUGAAUAGUAGCUCAACCGAGCUACACGCUCUCACAACAAACAAUCACUCACAAAGACAAGGGGAACAGAGGGAACACUUAUACACAUACUAAUUAGGGGAAUGAGCACCAGGUGUGUGUGAUUGACAAGACAUGACAAGUGGAGUGAUGAGAAUGGGAUCGGCAGUAGCUAGUACUCCGGUGACGACGAACGGCGAAGCUUGCCCGAACCAGAAGGGGGGGCAGCCUCGGCGGAAGUCGUGACACUACCCUAGACUGUAGUGUCACUCAUGGAUAUCGCAGAGAACUAGCUCCACUCGGGACCUAUCCUUAAAGGAACCUACCCUACACCAUAUAUUUACGACUGGUCGUUACAUAAUGGGCUACCUAAUAAACUCAGGCUUUCUAGGUCUGUAUCCUAUAAUUGUUCAGCCUACGAUUCUCAUCUCCCCAAGAUGUCAGAAUGAGUGGUAAGAGGUUUAGGAACUGUGCCUACCUUGUUUCUGGUGCCGGCUCCUGUUUCACUGAUUCGGACUCUCUAGUUCGACUGUAAAUCGUGAUGAACCCUGCUCACAGCGCCAACUGUUAGAUUCUAAAUAAACACACGGAUGACUAGUAAAGCUCAUACCAAGUUUAUCCACCCACUGGGUCACGCAGCUGCAUAAGACAAAGACAUAUUUACACAAGCACUGGUAUUUAAACCUUCCUCCUAUGCUGUCUCCUCCUUACACAUCUGGACAGCCAAUAUGUCUCUGUUGCUAGACACGACUUUAGUCAUGCCUGUUCUUUCUCACUUCAUCUGACCUGACCUCGGCCCAAAUUCCUCACUCCUCCCCAACUCACGGCUGUCCUGUUGACUUGUACCAGACUGUGGCCCUUCUCCUCUCCAUAGGAUGCCUGAUGUCUAACAAUAACACGUUCUGACAGAAUGUAAAUGUUCUGCAUUCCCCUCUCUCCCUCAGUGACAUGAAUAACGAUAUUUCAUAUUUCAAGUUUAGAAGUCAGAACCCAUGUGUUCAGAGGCUUGACUUCAAGGCACAACAGGACAGGCGUUAUGUCUUCAGAGGCUUGACUUAAGGACACAACAGGCUCAUCAUGAAUUGAGGGUGUUGGAGAGAGCUCAACUAUUCUGCUGAGGGCAGGACAGGAUUUGACUGGGAACACAAAAAAACAAUACAGAACACUUAGAUAAAAGAGCUAUGAAUGACUGACAGUCCAAGCAAGGAGUAAAAUCAAAUGUAUGUGUAAUAAUGUGAUUGUGUUAUUAAUUUCAUUGACUGUUCAUAAAGUGAUGGAAUAAAAUUCACAGGGCUACUCACAGUGCUUGGAGAGGAAACAUUCAAUGCUCCAGUGGAUGGAGUUACACAUUAAUCAGAACUGAAAAUGUAAUUUAGUCUACAUACAGUAAUGAAGACGGGCUUCAGUUCUUCAGAGGGCAGGAGACCAGGGGCUUCUUUUAUGCUUAUGUUGUGAUUGAGUAAUCAUUUUACUGUUCAUGCCAAAAGAGUUGAUGAGGGAUCAGGCUGGCUUCCUCUCCUCAGCUCCUCUCCUUCAUCUACACACUUAUCUGCUUACAUAUGGGAAGGAUAAAGCAACAUUAAUGAUGCCUAGAUGGUUUCAUCUUUCAACAGUCAAAUACCUCCAUAUCACUACUGAUUGGGGAUAGAGACAAGAAGAGGAUGGCACUUUAGACUAUUGACCCAGAGAACUGAGCAUACUGUAGACAAAACAUGGCUUUGGUCUAAUCAUAAAAAAAGGUAUAAUAGAAAAACUUUCUUGUGUGCUUUAAAUAAAUGUCACAGGGCUACUCACAGUGCUUGGAGAGGAAACAUGAAAUGCUCCAGUGGAUGAGUACUCACUUUACGAAUCAUGCCAGGAGAGUUGAAGAGGAAUCAGGCUACUUGAACAAGGAAGUUACUGUGGGGUCCAGGACAGGCUCUGGCAUCAGACAGGAUUGAGGGCAGGUGGUACCAAAGUUUUCCCACAGGCGUCAUACUGGUGCACAUCUAUCAGGGGGCUUUAACAGGGUACAUUUUCAAGACACAUGUAGAGAUUAUCCUAAAUGAAAAUGACAUGGAGAAUAUUACUAAACAACUCACUUGUAAAGAUCACAUGGCAAGAAGUGGCUGUUGGUAGGUGGGUGGAACGCUGGAAGUGCUGGUGUCAUGCAUGUGGCGUACUGACGAUGCUGAUGGUGUACUUGUAGUUCUGGUGGCGGCUGAGAACAUUUAGAUGAAACAUCAAAUUACAUCACCACCUCAUCUUAUGUGUUAUUUGCUGAACAGUAUUACAUAUCACAUAUGACAUGGAGAUCUUCAUUGUUAUCCAAUAUCUUGUAUUGAUGACAGACUAAUAAAAAUAUAUUUUACAGUCACUUCAGGUAUUUGCCCUAUCUGAGCUUUGUGUGCUGGUACUGGGGGUUCCUGGGCAGGAGGAACAGGGUGACGAUACCUUCAUGUGUCAUUCUCUGCAUCCACCAGGAGUUUCCAGGCGCUGAAUGAGUCUACACAGGAUUCAUACCCCCCCUUUACUGAAUCGGGAGACGUGUCUCUCAACCACUUCAGCUUUUGGUGGACUUUCAAACCGUGCGUUCAGCUUCUCGGGGAUGGACAUCUGCUGGAGCUCCUCGGCAUGAGCACCAAGGUCAAUGAGCACCUCACUGAAGAGGUAAUUCAUCAGAGCAUCGAUGUAGUCUGAAAUUGUAAUUAGAAUGAAAGAUUGUUCCAUAUUGUUUACUGAAUAUUGUUCAUACAUUGUAAUUUUAACAUUCAAAGUAAAUUGAUAAUAAAUACUUUAUAAUUUCUUUACUUACGGUAUGUUGACGAAUACACCCUUCUCAAUUGCAUAAUCCUCACAUUCUCUCUCCUCACCCCCUUCUCAAAACCUAUUGGAGGAGAAGGUCAGAGAGGAGGGACCCCUGAGAAAAGGCCCCUGAGUCUCACCACAGAGCCAGGAAUCCCUGGGUCCGCCACAACUGUGGACCCCAUUCCUGAGGGACCCUGUUUCCUCCAGGGCCAGGUGAGUGGAGUUGUAUGCCAGUGGAGGAAUGAUGUUGACCAAUAUGAGCUGCAGAAGCUUCCUCUCUGAGCUGUACUGGCAGCAUAUGUAGCGUAAGAAGGCUGCACAUUAUGUCUUGUUGAGUGUAUACAAGAUGAUUGACAGCUGAGGAGACGUAUCCCGCCAACACAAUCACAGUCAGCAGCUUAUAUGAUUGUACAUUCUGAAAAUUAUUUGAAAUUCAACAUUGUAUAUUGAAUGUGUAUGAGCGGCGCACAAUUGGUUCAGCGUCGUCCAAGAUAGGGGAGGGUUUGGCCGGCAGGGAUGUGGGUUCGUUUCCCAUGGGGGGCCAGUAUAAAAAUACAAAUAAAAAUAUAAAAACAUGUAUGCAUUCACUAACUGUAAGUCGCUCUGGAUAAGAGCGUCUGCUAAAUGACUAAAAUGUAAAUGUAUAGGAAAGGGAGGGGAUGGGAUUGUAGGGAAGGCAAAAAUAUAUAAGCAAAAUUGAAAUUAGGAUUACACUGAAAAUAACCCCAAAAUGUAUGUCACAACCCAACACACUGGGUUGUUUGAACCCAGCAAUAUAGUCUAAUUUACCCAGCAGCUGGGUAAAGCGCUCAACCCAAGGAGUUGGGUUAGAAGCACAACCCAACCCCACUGGGUUGAAUUAACCCAAUGCUGUUUUUGACCAAAAUUGACCCAGCUCUGGGUUGUCAAAAUGACCCAAAUUGGGUAAUUGUUAACCCAGCAUUUAUUUUGUGUAACAAAUUCAUUUAGGAAAAUAAUAUCAAUUUCUACCUUUUUUUAAGACAUUUCAAAUAAAAUGUUUUCAGUAUCCUAAUUUUGUUUGUUUUGUGUUUUCUGAUUGUUUCAGUGCAUGCGUUCAAUAAGCUUUGGAUGAAGGACUUCCACAGGACUUCUCCGAAGUUCACUCAAAAAGGCAAUAGUUCUGAACUGGGUUUGAUUUGGUUUUAGUUUUAAUUAUUUACAUUUGGUUAAUUAUCUUUUAAACUUCCAUUGGUUGAAAUCUAUUGCUCAUGUAUCACUUGGGUCAUGUAAAUAAUUAUGUAGUUGUCCCUUUAAACAUACUAAUGUCAACAUCCCCAUAGUGUUCACAUUUCUCUCAUGUAAAUGUUGUAGCUACAAAAAAAACAUUAAAUAACAAUUUAUUUGGGAAAUAUCCAAUCUUUGCUCUUUUCUUCAUUACCAUGCUGAUGAUUUCAAGUUAUAUUGGAUUUAUUUUUAAUCUGUUAAGACAUUGAAUACAGUGUUGUGAUGCAAAAAUCCUAGCAAAAUGUAUAGCGCAUAGAAUUAAAAAGGUAUUGUCGGAUAUUAUUCAUUCUAAUCAGACAGGUUUUUUACAUGGAAGAUACAUUGGAGAUAAUAUAAGGCAAGUAUUGGAAACAAUAGAACACUAUGAAAAAUAUGGGAAACCAGGCCUGCUAUUCAUAGCAGACUUCGAAAAGGCAUUUGAUAAAGUUCGACUGGAAUUUAUAUAUAAAUGCCUGGAGCAUUUCAAUUUUGGAGAAUCUCUUAUAAAAUGGGUCAAAAUCAUGUAUAGUAACCCUAGGUGUAAAAUAGUAAAUAAUGGCUAUUUCUCAGAAAGUUUUAAACUGUCAAGAGGAGUGAAAAAAGGUUGUCCACUAUCGGCAUAUCUAUUUAUUGUGGCCAUCGAGAUGUUAGCUAUUAAAAUCAGAUCCAAUAAUAAUAUCAGAGGAUUAGAAAUACAGGGCUUAAAAACAAAGGUGUCAUUGUACGCAGAUGAUUCAUGUUUUCUUUUAGAUCCACAACUAGAAUCCCUCCACAGCCUCAUAGAGGAUCUAGAUACAUUUUCUAACCUCUCUGGAUUAAAACCAAAUUAUGACAAAUUUACUAUAUUACGUAUUGGAUCACUAAAAAAUACAAUUUUUACAUUACCAUGUAGUUUACCAAUAAAAUGGUCUGAUGGUGAUGUAGAUAUACUCGGAAUACAUAUCCCAAAGGAAAUAAAUGAUCUCACUUCAAUAAAUUUUAAUAGAAAGUUAGCAAAAAUAGAUAAGAUCUUACUACCAUGGAAAGGAAAAUACCUGUCAAUUUGUGGAAAAAUCACCCUGAUUAACUCUUUAGUAUGAGAAAAAAAAUUCAAUUUUAUUUGGAACGGCAAGCCAGACAAAAUUAAAAGAGCAUAUUUAUAUAAUGAAUAUGAAUUCGGAGGACAGAAAUUAUUAAAUAUUAAAGCAUUAGACCUAUCACUAAAAUCUUCAGUCAUCCAAAAGUUAUACUUAAAUCCGAACUGGUUCUCAAGCAAAUUAGUAAGAUUGUCUCACCCACUGUUCAAGAAAGGCCUUUUUCCCUUUAUUCAGAUUACAACCUCUCACUUUCAGUUAUUUGAAAAGGAAAUAAUCUCCCAAAUGUCACUAUUUCUAAAACAAGCCAUAGAAAGUUGGUUGCAAUUUCAAUUUAAUCCUCCAGAAACGACAGAACAAAUAAUGCAACAAAUAUUGUGGUUAAAUUCAAAUAUACUAAUUGACAAAAAACCUUUAUUUUUUGACAGAAUGUUUAAAAAAGGUAUAAUGUUCGUAAAUGAUAUCAUCGGUAGGACUGGUGGAGUUAUGUCGCACAUGCAGCUAACAAAAACAUAUGGAAAUGUCUGCUCUACCCAGAAUUACAACCAAAUAAUUGCAGCCUUACCGCAAAAGUGGAAGAGGAAAGUUGAAGGGGGAGAAAGUAAGGAACUUGUCUGUCGGCCUUGCAUUAAAGAACAUAAUUGGUUAAGGAAAACUGUGAUAAAUAAAAAAGUAUAUCAGUUUCACUUAAGGACCAAAGGAUUGACAGCCGUCCCAUAUAGAUUGCAAAAUAGUUGGGAAGAGAUCUUUGACGUACCGAUCCCAUGGCAUAGUGUUUAUGAACUGACACGCAAAACGACACCGGAUUCAAAAAUUAGAAUCUUUAAAUUUAAAUUAUUAUAUAAAAUUCUUGCUACCAAUAGAAUGUUAUUUAUAUGGGGGAUACAAUCUUCCCAGCUCUGCAGAUUUUGCUGUGAAGAGAUAGAAUCAUUAGAUCAUUUGUUUUGGUUCUGUCCAUUUGUAGCUUGUUUUUGGACACAGGUCCAGGAAUGGCUAAAGGAUUGCAAUAUUUACCUGGAACUAACCUUGCAGAUAGCAUUACUGGGUGAUCUGAAAAGUCAUAGUCAAUCAAUCAAUAAUAUAAUAAUACUUUUAGCAAAAAUGUUUAUUUUUAAUUCACAAUCUGUAGAAGCAAUGAGAAUAGAAAGGUUCAGAACUUUUGUAAAACAUCACAGUACGGUUGAAAUAUAUAUGGCAAAUAGAAAUCCUAUAUGGAUGGUGUUAAGAGAUAGAUGGGAGGUAUUGAAUAGAGUUGAAGGAUGGGACUAAUAACAAAUAACAACAAAUAAUAACAAAGAUAGCUAAUAAUGUAAGCAUACUGUGUCCAUAAUAAGUAUAUAGGUUGUAUGUUGGGAGCUUUUGGGAAAGAGCACAGUUAGAAAGAUAUGGCAUUUAGAAGCAAACCGGAUGGACAUCAUGAAAAUGGUCGGAGAGGUUGAGAGUAGAAGAAGUUCAGGAGCAAAAAAAUAAAUAAAUAUAUAAAUAUAUAUAUAUAGAUAUAGAAUUAUUGUAAAAUUAACUCUGUCCAUAAGGUGUAGAUAGUAAGUAUAGACCGGAAGUAGAGGCCUGGGCGUUGUUGUUCACUAAUUUACUCCAAGUAGGGAAAGGAUGGUGGGGUUGAAAAGUAAUAAAGGGGAAUAUAUAUAUAAAAAAUAAAAAUAAACAUUGGGGAUUGGAAGUGAUGCAGACAAUUACAUUGAUAGAAGAUACAAUCUAUCUGCAAUAUUAAGCUGAUCCAUCAAAAAAAAAAAAAAAAAAAAAAAAAAAAGACAUUGAAUACAUGUUUAGUAUAUUAACUACUUUUAAUGUUAUAUUUUUUUUCUCUGAGAAGUAAGUUCAUUUAAAGUUCUGUGAUGUGGUUUAUAUAGAUACAACAUUUCAAUAUUGUUAACACACAGUAGCCAAAAACCUGAUCUAAUUUGCAUAUUCAUACUGAGUUUGCAGCAAAUAAUUGCAUAGCAUAAUUGUGUCUGUCAAACUGGUAAGGCUAACUCUUAUUUCUUAAAAAGUGCUUCAACUUUCAGCACCGGACGCUAUCCAUAUUGAUUUUAGAAAUAGUGAUCCACACGUUGCAUCAUUCUCAACUCAUCUUUCUAAUUUAUCCAAUUAUAUUCCAUUCUCUUGUUUUUAUCAUGGACAUAUUUCCACUAAUAUUGUAAUUAAGCUUUCACGUGUGUUUUACACUUUUUAUCAAGCUGUUGAUGCUUGCUUCUAUUUAUGCCAAAUCAUUUGACCGUUGUAGGUUGAGAUUCUUGUUUCCUGUAUUCCUUUACAAUUUUCUGUAGUGAAUAGAGACAACCAUAUACCCACCUACAUUAUGAUAAUGAAGUCACCAUUUUGGGUCUGGAUUGGGAAGGUGUGAAACGUAUCAACGAGAGAAAGAAGACAAUUAAUCUUACCGUAUAAGUGCUCUCCAGUUUAUGAGCUAUUGCACUCCUCAUGCCAUAGAGGAGAAAAUAACACCAACAUUAAACUUUGAUUCAUUCAUUGAUUGAAUGAAACCAUAUCAAUACAUUUGAAUCAUGACGGUCAUAUGAUGGAAAACUGAAAAAGAAUCAGAUUUAUGUUUGUCCUACAUGAGGAAAUCUUAGCACUUCUCACACAUAAAGCCUACACAAAACAUAUAGAAAACACAGCAGAAAACAAACAACAGGAACAGUCAGACAAACACCUUUCAUACCCUCCAUCCCACCCCACACUUGCCCAAAAAAUAAUUACAGGUUGCAUGUCAUAAUAUUUACAGUUGAAGUCGGAAGUUUACAUACACUUAGGUUGGAGUCAUUAAAACUAGUUUUUCAACCACUCCACACAUUUCUUGUUAACAAACUAUAGUUUUGGAAAGUCGGUUAGGGCAUCUACUUUGUGCAUGACACAAGUAAUGUUUUCAACAAUUGUUUGCAGACAGAUUAUUUCACUUAUAAUUCACUGUAUCACAAUUCCAGUGGGUCAGAGGUUUACAUACACUAAGUUGACUGUGCCUUUAAACAGCUUGGAAAAUUCCAGAAAAUGAUGUCAUGGCUUUAGAAACUUCUGAUAGGCUAAUUGACAUCAUUUGAGUCAAUUGUAAGACGCUCUGGAUAAGACCGUCUGCUAAAUGACGAAAAUGUAAAAUGUAAAUUGGAGGUGUACCUGUGGAUGUAUUUCAAGGCCUACCUUGAAACUCAGUGCCUUUUUGCUUGACAUUAUGGGAAAAUCAAAAGAAAUCAGCCAAGACCUCAGACAUUUUUUUGGAGACCUCCACAAGUCUGGUUCAUCCUUGGGAACAAUUUCCAACCGCCUGAAGGUACCAUGUUCAUCUGUACAAACAAUAGUAUGCAAGUAUAAACACCAUGGGACCACGCAGUCGUCAUACCGCUCAGGAAGGAGACGCGAUCUGUCUCCUAGAGAUUAACGUACUUUGGUGCGAAAAGUGCAAAAUCAAUCCCAGAAAAACAGCAAAGGACCUUGUGAAGAUGCUGGAGGAAACCGGUACAAAACUAUCUAUAUCCACAGUCAAAUGUGUCAUAUAUCAACAUAACCUGAAAGGCCACUCAGCAAGAAAGAAGCCACUGCUCCAAAAAUGCCAUAAAAAUGCCAGACUACGGUUUGCAACUGCACAUGGGGACAAAGAUCGUACUUUUUGGAGAAAUGUCCUCUGGUCUGACUGUUUUGCCAUAAUGACCAUCGUUAUGUUUGGAGGAAAAAGGGGGCCGCUUGCAAGCCGAAGAACACCAUCCCAACCGUGAAGCACAGGGGUGGCAGCAUCAUGUUGUGGGGGUGCUUUGCUGCAGGAGGGACUGGUGCACUUCACAAAAUACAGUGAGGGAAAAAAGUAUUUGAUCCCCUGCUGAUUUUGUACGUUUGCCCACUGACAAAGACAUGAUCCGUCUAUAAUUUUAAUGGUAGGUUCAUUUGAACAGUGAGAGACAGAAUAACAACAAAAAAAUCCAGAAAAACACAUGUCAAAAAUGUUAUAAAUUGAUUUGCAUUUUAAUGAGGGAAAUAAGUAUUUGACCCCUCUGCAAAACAUGACUUAGUACUUGUUGGCAAAACCCUUGUUGGCAAUCACAGAGGUCAGACGUUUCUUGUAGUUGGCCACCAGGUUUGCACACAUCUCAGGAGGGAUUGUGUUCCACUCCUCUUUGCAGAUCUUCUCCAAUUCAUUAAGUAUUCGAGGCUGACGUUUGGCAACUUGAACCUUCAGCUCCCUCCACAGAUUUUCUAUGGGAUUAAGGUCUGGAGACUGGCUAGGCCACUCCAGGACCUUAAUGUGCUUCUUCUUGAGCCAUUCCUUUGUUGCCUUGGCCGUGUUUUUUGGGUCAUUGUCAUGCUGGAAUACCCAUCAUCCAUGACCCAUUUUCAAUGCACUGGCUGAGGGAAAGAGGUUCUCACCCAAGAUUUGACUGUACAUGGCCCCGUCCAUCGUCCCUUUGAUACGGUGAAGUUGUCCUGUCCCUUUAGCAGAAAAACACCCCCAAAGCAUAAUGUUUCCACCUACAUGUUUGACGGUGGGGAUGGUGUUCUUGGGGUCAUAGGCAGCAUUCCUCCUCCUCCAAACACAGCGAGUUGAGUUGAUGCCAAAGAGCUCCAUUUUGGUCUCAUCUGACCACAACACUUUCACCCAGUUCUCCUCUGAAUCAUUCAGAUGUUCAUUGGCAAACUUCAGAUGGGCAUGUAUAUGUGCUUUCUUGAGCAGGGGGACCUUGCGGGCGCUGCAGGAUUUCAGUCCUUCACGGCGUAGUGUGUUACCAAUUGUUUUCUUGGUGACUAUGGUCCCAGCUGCCUUGAGAUCAUUGACAAGAUCCUCCCGUGUAGUUCUGGGCUGAUUCCUCACCAUUCUCAUGAUCAUUGCAACUCCACGAGGUGAGAUCUUGCAUGGAGCCCCAGGCAGAGGGAGAUUGACAGGUCUUUUGUGUUUCUUCCAUUUGCGAAUAAUCGCACCGACUUUUGUCACCUUCUCACCAAGCUGCUUGGCGAUGGUCUUGUAGCCCAUUCCAGCCUUGUGUAGGUCUAGAAUCUUGUCCCUGACAUCCUUGGAGAGCUCUUUGGUCUUGGCCAUGGUGGAGAGUUUGGAAUCUGAUUGAUUGAUUGCUUCUGUGGGCAGGUGUCUUUUAUAAAGGUAACAAACUGAGAUUAGGAGCACUCUCUUUAAGAGUGUGCUCCUAAUCUCAGGUCAUUACCUGUAUAAAAUACACCUGGGAGCCAGAAAUCUUUCUUAUUGAGAGGGGGUCAAAUACUUAUUUCCCUCAUUAAAAUGCAAAUCAAUUUAUAACAGUUUUGACAAGAGUUUUUCUGGAUUUUGUUGUUGUUAUUCUGUCUCUCACUGUUCAAAUAAACCUACCAUUAAAAUCAUAGACUGAUCAUUUCUUUGUCAGUGGACAAACGUACAAAAUCAGCAGGGGAUCAAAUGCUUUUUUCCCUCACUGUAGAUGGCAUCAUGAGGAAGGAAAAUUAUGUGGAUAUAUUGAAGCAACAUCUCAAGACAUCAGUCAGGAAGUUAAAGCUUGGUUGCGAAUGGGACAGGGAAUUUUUACUAGGAUUAAAGGUCAGGAAUUGUGAAAAACUGAGUUUAAAUGUAUUUGGCUAAGGUGUAUGUAAACUUCUGACUUCAACUGUAUGUGCGUAUCGGAUGGUGUGCUCUGCCCACAUAAGCCACACCAAGCAUAGGCUUGCUAUAAGAAAAUAAUGUAUCCAUGAAGAAACGAUAACUUUCUGAUGUGUAUAUAUGUAAUGUAUUACAUAAAUGGUAACCACAGCCCUUCCGGAAAUACAUUUAAAUUGUUUUUCCACCCUGCUCCAUGUAUUGAAUUUAUUCCAUUUCAAAUUUGGCUCCCAGAGUGCUAGCUCCAUGGGUAUUAUGACGCAUCUAACAGUCGUCUGUAUGUUCCUAGCCAUGAGUUAACCAGUCAAAUUGCCAGGGUUAGAAGUUCCAAGCAAAUUCUAUUGAUUCUGUUUCUAUGGUAGUAACACUGUAAUGAAACUAGUAUCAAAAUAGUGUAAUAACAUGUUACUUCAGUAAUUGCAAAGGAAUAGAGCUGAGUGUUUUUUGUAAUUACACAAGUGGAAUAGGGACUGAGAUUGUUGCUUAUUCCACUUGUGUAACAACUGAAACCGCUCCAUUACUAUGCAAUUAAGAAACAAUAUUAAUAACUAAUAAUAAUAAUAAUAAUAAUAAUAAUAAUAAUAAUAAUAAUAAAAACUGUAGUAGCUACAGCGUGACUAACAGGUAUAAGUUCAAUGUAAUAAGUGUUACCCAUUGUUGUUCUAUUUUGAUUUAUCUAAUUAUUUUGUUUUAAAAACAGUUUAUAAAAUAGCCUACACAGGCUACACACACAGAAUAUUAAUGUGAGCGUUUCAUUCCAUCUCAAGGUCGCUGCUUUGUAUGGAGAGUGCGUCCCAGAAGACAUAACCAAAAUCAGAAGGGACUGGGUAAUCUGACAGAGCUUCAUCUGCAGGGCAACAGCUCUGCUCGGUACCAUGGACCGUGUUCGAGGACACCUCCUUGCUGAAGAUUCUGCACCUUAAGCACAACUGCCUGGACGUUCUACCGGAGCAUGUAUUGAAGUUUUUACCAGGUCUGACCUAUUUAGACUUAUUCUUAAAUCACCUUACGUUCAUUUCCAGGGACGUCUUCCUCAACUGGCCUCUCUACCAGAGAAUACAGAGCAGCGGCCAAAAGGAUGGGGUCGCAGUCGGGUUUACGCCCAACGUGGUCCUGGAACUCCACGACAAUCCAUGGCUCUGCGACUACUGCCUCAAGGGCUUCAUAGAGUUCAUCAAAGCUCUCAGCCCUCCCAUUAUCCGGAUUAACUCUUACUUGACCUGCUCCAGGCCGGAAUUUAGAGCCGGGAAAUUCUUCCAUGAGGUCGAGCUGAAGAUAUUCAUGAAGCCCAUGGCCCCACCACAGAGUCGUCCCCUGGGAUUUCAUGGUAAGAUUUAGUCUGAUCACACAAUAUCAUCACACUUCAAUAUACUUCAGUGUUCUGUAAAUUAGAUAUUGAACAUGUACACUCACUUACUCAUGUAGAGCAAUUAGGCAAGGAAAGAUCGACCCAGAGUAGAUAUAGGCCACUGUAAUAUCAUAAGCAUCAUAAGCAUCAUAAGCAUAUAAAUAUAAUUACUUGAAGGGACAACGCCCCUUAGACCUCUGCAAUUUGACAGGAACACACAUGUAUACUCAUCAAUGGAAGUGAAUGGGAUAUGUGUGCAAUCAGUGUUUCAUAGUCAAAUCAAUUGAAAUAAUCUCCAUAUUUGGUUUGAUAAAAAAUUAACAUGCAAACAUACCCCAUUCACUUCCAUUGAUUGUUAUCUAGCGGUGACUACGUUUAGUUGAAGUUUGUAGUGGCUAUUUAAAGAAAACUGAAGCAAGGAUUACAGUUUCUCCUGGUUUAUAGACUACUUUCAGGGUGAGGAACUAUCUAGCAUCAAGUUGUAAAAUCCUGAACUUGCCUUUAACUUGAAAGGGAUUGUCAAUUCUUAUAAUUAUAUUUCUAUUAUCAUAAACAGCAAAGCAAGGCGAGACAAAUUCUCACAACCAGAAUGACGCCAACUGUGUCUUGAUGAUUGAGACCAUGUUGGAGAUUAUAACAUACUGCGCCUCAUGUUGACAUGUAGGCCUAAUCUAUCAUUACAAGUCAGCCACUGUGUCACACAACAUAAUCUUUGCCAUGUGAAGUAGCUGAACUGGGAGUAAUGCAGAACAUAAAGUAGAUCAGCUUUGAGUGGACAGCAGUGCCUGUUUCUAUACAGUACAGUGUAUAGAGUUUUUAAAAAAUCCCAAACUGGUGCUUUUCAACCAAACUCGUGAUCCGAUAAAAUUGGAACAUGGAAUUGUGUGUCCACUUGAACUGUGGCUGGGGACACUAAUAAUAUAUGUAUAAGUCCAUUCCUCCAUUCGACAACUUGUUUUACAUCUGUAAAAUUGCAGUGAUUGAGAAGGAGCAGUUGGAGAAGGACUGGUACCAGUGA